AAUCUGAACGAAGCAAUCGCAGCAGCUAGACGAGUAGAAGCUGGUGAUUACUAUGGCCAACAGUCAGAAAUAAAACAACCACAAAAGAUAAAUGGCGAAUUAAAUGAUCUAAAAAGAAGGAUCGAUGAGAUGGCCAUAAAUUACGCCACCAUAGCGUUCUGUCAAUCCGAAAAAUCCAAGUAUUCAGUUGAAAACCAAAAGGAUACAAAAAGACUAGACAAAAGGCUGAAAAUUGUAAACUAUUGUGAAGUGAACGAAGAAAUAUUUACAAUAAGUAACGAGCCGGUGCCGCAAAAGAUAAUAAAACACCCUAAUAAACCAGAUUGGGGUACAAGGUUGAGAGAAAGAAAGUUACCUGACACUCAACAAGAAAAAGGAGAUCGAGAAAUAGAAAUAAUAAAAGAGAACUCCAUUG